UGGAUUUUUCCUCUUCUUUUUUAUAAAUUACCAUCAUCACUCAAUCAUAGUGAGGAAACAUGAACUUGUAUAACAUCUUACCUUAUUCGAUCAUGGCUUGCAUCCAGACAUUGCAAGAGCAAGAACUAGGUCUAGGUCAUGCAUCUAAAAACACCUAACUAUUGAUGUGCAUGCUAUUUUUAGGUCAGUAAUGCAGACAGAGGAAGGAACAUCAAAAUUUCAGGUCGAAGAUGACUUUUCAGAUUCAAAGAAAUCAGAUGUACCUAGAUAUGCUAUUUUUAACACUUCUAAAGGUUUGAUUACGGUGGAAUUACUUUACAAGGAAGGUUCACCUGAAGUUGUGGAUGAAUUUAUCGAUGCGUGUCAGAAUGGACAUUUUAAAGGGAUGCUGUUUCAACGUGUGGUGAAACAUUUUGUAAUCCAAGGAGGUGACUCUGAGAAUCAUGCAGUUAUAGAGGACUGGACUUCCAGAGAGAAGCACUACAAUCAGCUAGAGAAAAGGUUCCUAUUCAUUGGUCUCUGCAUUUGGCUCAGAUGUCUCAUCUGCAACCUCAUUGCCAAAAACAUAAGAGGCUUCUUCAUCCUUCACUGGAGUUACAUUUUCACUCCUCACUGGAGUUACAUUCCCACUUCUCACAGGAGUUACAUUUUCACUCCUGAAUGGAGCUGUGAGGUAGAGGAAGAGACAGGGCAGAGGCAGAUUCUAAUGAUGAAAGUUUUCUGUGCCUACGAGGAGGGGAAUGGUGGUCAGAUGGUGGUCCCUUCUUUUCAGCGGUGA